AUGUGUAAAAGUUGUGUGCUAAAUUUCCACUAUCACAACAGCAAGUAUCAGAAGACACAAAAUAAUAUAGAAAGCAAAUCAAAAAUGGCCUCACAAGACUAUACACCGUUAACAAACAUCUCAGUGACAAAAUCUCAAAUUUCAAAUUGUUCAUUUUCCAAAUGGUACCCACUUUUCAAAUCACAUAUCCCGAAAGCUAUGAUUAUUAAACCGUUACCUAAUGAAUUCAUCCAAUAUCUAGAACAAGAUGGUAUUAUAUUGCCUAAUGAGGAUAGUUCUACUUCAUUUUAUACGCAGGGUAUAACGAAUGAUGACGAGAAUGAAUAUAGUGAUUGGGAAGAACAAGCCGCAAAUGAUGAGUCUUCUUCAGAGCAGGAGCAAGAAAAUGAGCGUGUAGAUCCAUUGGUUCAUUUCCCUGAGUUUCAUAAUAAACUUAAGAGUGCGAUUGAUGAAUUAGGUAGUGUGACUCCUAAGUUGAAUUGGUCAGCUCCGAGAGAUGCUACGUGGAUUUUACCUAAUAAUACUAUGAAAUGUAAUGAAGUCAAUGAAUUAUAUCUUUUGUUAAAUGCUUCUAAUUAUAUUAUGCAUGAUUUACAAAACGCAUUUGAUGAAUGUACAGGAAAGGAGGAAGAAGAAGAAGAAGAAAGGAGGAAAUCGAAUACGCCUGAAUUUGAAUUAAUUUUGAGAAAAUGGUUCGACAUUAAUCCUGCCUUGGAAUUUCGAGUGUUUGUACAAAAUGGGAAAAUUAUUGGUAUAAGUCAAAGAGAUUUGAAUUAUUAUGAUUAUUUAGAUGCCUUGAGUGAUCAGUUCAAAGAUAUGUUGGAUGGAUUUGUCAAGGAUGUUAUUGUACCAAAAUUUCCUGAUAAAGAUUUUGUUGUUGACGUUUAUAUUCCUAGACCGUUCAAUAAGAUUUUUUUGAUCGACAUUAAUCCAUUUGCUCGGAAAACAGAUCCUUUGCUAUUUUCAUGGAAUGAACUCAUAGAGUCAUCAGGUGAUAAGAAAGAUUAUGAACUAAGAUUAGUUAAAGAGAAUAACGUUGGUAGAUUUGUUUCAAAGGAACAUUCUGAGAAUCAAGUACCUAAAGAUCUUAUAGAUGCUGCAUUGGAUCCUCAGGCCAUUAAAGAAUUGACAGAAAAGUGGAAAGAAUUAUUAUCGAGGCAGGAAAAGGAUGAAGAAAACAAAUUAUGA